AUGAAAAUUAGAGUUGAAUUAAUAAAUGGAAAUGAACAUAGAACAUCAUCAACACCACAACAACCACAACAAAAUCCAUCAGUAUCACAUAUAUUUGAUGGAGAGACAGCGGUUAAAGAUCAUAUAAAGGUAUUGUUAACACAUUUUAAGAUACCAGUUGAUAAAGUUUCAAGUUAUGCAUUACAGAAUCCAUUUACAUUGGCAUAUGUUGAAGAUUCAUUUCUAACACCAGAGAGAUUAGUUGAAGCAGAGAAAAGUUAUUUCAUACUACGUAUGAAACCACAUGCAAUAGCAGAUAGGGUGGUGGAUCAAUUGACAAAGAUUGAACCAACUUCACCACACAUCAAAGAUACGAUAUUCAAUAUUCGUUAUCAAAUGAAAGACGUAGAAUAUGUUGAAGAAUUUAUAAUAAAGGGAGGAAUCAAUCAAUUAUUGGCAGUGAUUAUAAAGAGUAGAGGCAAUACACAAUCGUAUGCAUUGACAGCACUACGAUGUUUUAUGGGAUAUAAUAGUGGAUUGGAAGAGGUAAUGAGUCGACCACAGCUAAUAGAUAAGCUAUAUUCAUUGGUUUGUUCGGUGGGGGUAUUGCCAAGUGUAUGCAGACAAGCUAUAGAGCUAUUGUUUUGUGUUUGCAAUUUCGAUGGAUUUCAAUUGGUUCAUCGUUCAGCCAAAAAUCAUGCACAAGAAACCUCCACACCAGCCUAUAGUAACCUAAUUACAUUACUCUCCUCGGGUGAUAUGGAAACCCAAUUGAAUACAUUGACCCUAUUCAAUUGUCUAUUGGAUAAUGCACCAAAUCCAAGAAAAUCAGAGAAACUACUAUCACGUUGGCAACAAUUGGGUAUUAUAAAGAUAUUGAAAUCACAAGAACAUGUAACUCAUUCGGAUUUUCGUACUCAGAUAGCACGUUUCCAAGCAAACUCUGGUUUUGGUAUCGAUGGUUCUGGUAGGAAGAGAACUUUGACUCGUCAAUUGUCAACUCAAGAAUUGGAAUUUCAAUUGCACCAAUUCCGUGAACAACAACCACUAAUCUCUCUAUUAACUAGUGAAUUGAAAUUCCUAAGAAAUGCAAUUAAAUCAGCCAUUGAAAAUGGUUCCUACAUAAACUAUAGAGCACCCACCGAACGUUACGAUGAAUAUUCUCAAAGAAAAUUAGAAAUGAUUGGUGAUUCUCCAACAAAUCUUCAAUUCUUAAAAAGAAAUGAUAAAUUUACCAAUGCAUUUAGAAAAUCAAUGUAUGUUAGAUCUCCUAAUACUUCGGAUCUUUUCGAUUCUUCAACUUUGGAAGAUACUUAUGAUGGAAAUAAUGAUACAAAUAGUUGUACUAGUAUUUCAACUUCUUCAACACCAAUUCAUAUAUCACAACCAACAACUUUAAUUGUACCUUCAACAACACCAAAUCAUCCACCACAACAAUCUCAACAAACUCCACCAUUACAAUUACAAAAAGAAAAAGAAAAAGAAAAAGAAAAAGAAAAAGAAAAAGAAAAAGAAAAAGAAAAAGAACAACAACAACAACAACAGCAAUCAAAUAAACAAUCAACGCCAAAACCAAAUUUAUCUUGUUUAUUAUCACCAAUUACAAUUUCAAAUACUUUAAAUAAUAAUAACAAUAAUAAUAAUAAUACAAAUAAUAAUAUAAUUAAAAGUAAUAAUAAUAAUAAUAAUAAUAAUUGUACAAUUAAAGAUUUAUCACCAAUUGUUAAAAGUGAAAAAUCAAAUGAAGAUGAAAUUCAUGAAAUAUCAUUAAAUGGUGCAAGUAGUAAUCAUGAAGAACCAAUUAAAUAUAAAUUACAACCAACAAAAUCACCAAUUACUCCUUCAAAAAGAAUGAAACCAUUACAUUGGACUAGAAUUUUAAAUUCACAAUUUGAAGGUAAAAAAACAAUUUGGAAUUCAUAUUUACCAGAAGUUACAUUUGAAGAAGAAUUAUUUGUAGAUUUAUUUUCAUUAUAUACAGAGAGAAUUGUAUCCUUUAGUGGGUCACCAGUUGGUAGUGGAACAUCAAUUUCAGGUGGUGGACCAAUUAAAUCGAAACCAAUUCAAAAAGUUAUUAGUGUUUUAUCACAAAAGAGAUCAAAUGCAAUCAUUGUAAUGUGUGGUAAAUUACCAUCUGAUGAUAUUUUAAUUAGAGCAAUUAGAAAUUUAGAUUCGAAUAAACUUUCAUUGGAUGGUGUGUCAAGUAUAAUAUCAAAUUUCCCAACAUCUGAAGAGUUGGCUUCAAUACACGAGUUACAUUCCAAUGAGGUGAUACUCGAUAAACCAGAGAGAUGGUGUUUAAUGAUUGAUGGGUUCCCAAUGAUUAAACAUCGUUUAAGAUGUUGGGAAUUUAUGUUAAAGAUCGAGGAUAGUCUUAAAUCAAUCAUAGAAUCAAUUGAUACCGUACUGUUGGCUUGUAAAGAGCUACGUACAAGUAUCACCAUCAAUUGUUUAUUCUCUCUCCUACUUCAAUUGGGUAAUUACUUAAAUGGUGGUCAUCUUUAUCGUGGUCAAUCCGAUGGUUUCAAUUUAGAGUCACUAAGUAAAAUGAUUGAAAUUAAAGAUAAUAGCAAUAGUGGUUCUUUAUUGGAUUUCGCUAUAAAAACAUUAUAUCAACAAUCUCCAAUGAAAGGUAAUAGUAAUACUAGUAUCCAUUUGGAGUUGGCUCAUGUUCCAAAUGCAUCUCUCAUCAAUUUCACCGAUGUUGGCACCUCUGUCUCUAAAUUACUUCAAGACUAUUCAGAGAUCGUUUUAAUGUCUGAUGAAAUUCAACAAACAACAGAUAAAGAUGACCCUUUCCUUGAUAUCGUUCCAAAGUUUAUGGGUACAAUUCUAUUGAUUUUAAAGAAUUUACAAACGAAAUUCUUGGAAACUGAAAAAUAUUUAUUUGAAACCAUUGAUUAUUUUAAUCCAACUAAUCAAACUUUACAACAAUAUCAACAACAACAAUAUCAACAAUAUCAACAACAACAAUUUCAACAAAAUAUUAUUAAUAAUAAUAAUAAUAACAAUAAUAAUAAUAGUAACAAUAAUAAUAAUAAUAUAAGUGGAAAUACAACAACUACAACAACAACAACAACAACAACAACAACAGGUUCAAUUAUUAAUAAUAAUAAUAAUAAUAAUAAUAAUAAUAAUAAUAGUAAUAAUAAUAUAAUUAAUAAUAAUAAUUCACAAUCAAAUUUACAAUCAUUAUUACAUCCACAAUAUUAUCUUUCAAAUUCUUCUUCAUCAUCUUCAUCAUCUUAUAAAAUUACUCCACCAUUAUCAAGUAGUUUAUCUAUAACUUCUCAAGAAUGGAAUCAACAAAAAUUCACUUGUGAAAAGUUUUUCACACUUUUCUCAACAAUUACUACUGCUUUCAAAAAAUCUCCUUCAAAGAGAUUAUCUCAAAAAGGUUUUGGUUUAAAAAUUAGUAACUCUGAUGACCCAAUGGCUGUAAUAAUUGAAGCUUUGAAAACUGGUUCUCCAAAUGAUAUGGUAAAACGAGCAUUUUAA